GUUUAGCGUAAUGAGUUUUGGUGGAUUGGGUUGCUCUUAGAAGAGAAGAAGUCUAAUUGAAGAAAUUUCAUUUUAGAUGGAACUCUCUGAAAUGAAUAAUCUUGGGGAAGAGAUUUGGUUGUAUCUGAACCAAAUCUUCUGAAUUCGGUGAAAAUGAAAGGAUACUUCUUCUUUUAGUUGAAUCCUCAGCUCUUGUUAAAGAAAUUAAUACCUCGGAAUUAAAGCUCUUAGUUGGAAGUUUUCGUGAAUUGGGUGCUGAGUUUUUGAAGAGCUCAGAAGAGGAGAAACCGAAUUCACUAUCGGGCGCUGAGAGGGUUUCCAUCUUCUAAUACUGCGCUACAUACAAAAGUUUGAAUUUUCGAGGAAUAAUGGAGAUCCAUCAUACAGAAAUCGAAUUCGGUCACUGAUAUCCUCAUCAAUCUCCAAUGGAUGGUUUCAAUCCAAUGGAUUGUGGGGAUGAUCCAUUCAAUCUCUCUGCGCUCUUGAGUCUUGACAAUUAUCCAGAACUUUGCAGCCCUCUCGACUAUGCUGCACCUCCCUAUAGCUAUUCAGCUUUCCAGCAGAUUUCUAGUAAUUGGGCUUCAUCGGAUAUCGAUACCCUAGCUUCAGCUUCAGCCAAUGCUUCUGAUGAGAGUAUGAUCAGUAUUAUUCCCAAAUAUAUGCCCAACAACUCUCUUGCUGAGAGAUUGCUCAGAGCUUUAUCAUUGUUUAAGGAAUCAUCCGGAGGAGGAAUUCUAGCUCAAGUUUGGAUGCCUAUGAAACAUAGCAAUGGAUAUAUUUUGAGUACGUCGGAGCAGCCAUUUCUAUUGGAUCAGAUUCUUGCAGGAUAUCGAGAAGUUUCGCGAGCAUUUACUUUUUCAGUAGAAGAAGCUCCUAGUUCAUUCCCUGGGCUUCCGGGACGAGUGUUUAUAUCUGGAUUGCCCGAGUGGACAUCAAACGUGGUGUACUAUAAUAACUUAGAGUACUUGAGGGGAGAGUAUGCACUUGUUCAUAAAGUAAGAGGGUCUCUUGCAUUGCCAAUUUUUUAUCCUAAGGAAAGAUCUUGUUGUGCUGUGCUAGAGCUUGUGACUACAAAGGAAAAGACAGAUUUUGAUAUGGAGAUGGAUAGUGUUUGCAAUGCUUUGCAGGCUGUGGAAUUGAGGAGCAUCAAGGGCCAAAUUUAUCAGCAGCCCCCGACAAAGAAACAAAAAUCAGCGUUCAACGAGAUUCUAGAUGUUCUAAGAGCUUGUUGCCAUGCACACAUGUUGCCUCUUGCACUCACAUGGAUCCCCUUCGACAGCACAAAGGAAGUUGUUUGUGAAUUAAAUUCAAGUUUAAGCAAGAAAAAUUUGCUGUAUGUUGAGGAAUCAGCAUGCUAUGUUAAUGAUACAAGAAUGAAGGGUUUUGUUCAUGCUUGCGUUGAACAUUGCCUUGAGAAAGAGCAAGGUAUUGCUGGAAAAGCCCUUCUAUCAAAUCACCCCUUUUUCUCUCCUGAUGUAAAAAGCUAUAAUAUAAGAGAAUAUCCACUUGCUCAUCAUGCUCGAAAGUAUGGAUUGAAUGCUGCUGUUGCAAUUAGAUUGAGAAGUACAUUAACCGGCGAUGAUGACUAUAUAUUAGAGUUCUUUCUCCCCCUUAAUUGUAGAGGUAGUUCAGAGCAACAAGAGUUAUUGAACAAUCUCUCGAGUACAAUGCAGAGAAUUUGUAGGAGUUUGAGGACGGUAUCAGAUGCUGAAGUAGUUAUUAGUGAUUCCUUGAAAAGAGACAUCCACAAGCAAGCAGGGAAUAAUUCCUCAUCACCAGAAAUCUCCAUCAAGAACUCUCAACAAAUGGAUAGUGAUAAUGAAGUGUUUACUGAUUUCGCUAUUGAAGAUCCAAAUAAAAAAUUGAGUGAACAAGGAGAUGCAAAUAGUGAGCAGUUUAAGUCUGGCUCCUCAAGACAACCCGAGAAGAAAAGGAGCACAACGGAGAAGAACAUUAGCUUGAGCAUACUCCAGAAAUACUUUUCUGGAAGUCUCAAGGAUGCUGCAAAGAGUAUUGGUGUUUGUCCCACAACACUGAAAAGGAUAUGCAGGCAACACGGAAUUUCAAGAUGGCCAUCUCGCAAGAUAAACAAAGUAAACCGCUCCCUAAAAAAGAUCCAAACCGUGAUAGAUUCUGUGCAAGGAGUUGAGGGAGCAUUGAAAUAUGAUCCAACAAGCAGAUGUCUAGUCGCUUCAGUCUCAACUGAAAAAUCAAACACAACAUCUCUCGAAAAGGUAAAUCAAGACAUAAGCCCUUCGUCUUCGAUCCCUGAAAUUGAAAAUGAAAGACUCGUUACAAAGUUAGAAUUAGAUGACACUCACAUUUUCAAAAGCAAAAUGGAGUCUUUGUGCUUUCCUAAUGCUCCUUAUACAACCCCUAUCCAUCAAAGUAAUGGUACAUCAGUCAAGACUUUUGAGCAAGUUACAGCAAAGAGCUCGAAUUUAAUGGGUAUAGAUGAUAUCAAUACCAAAACAGAUACUGAUACAAUAAAAGAACAUAGCCAUCCUACAUACUCAAGCAUGACUGACUCUUCGAGUGGAAGUGCUUCAAGCAUCCCUACCUUUCAAAAAAAUUCUAAUGAUAAAGUAUUGGCUUAUGAUAUUGAUAAUGGUUCAGCAAUAACGGUGAAAGCUACUUAUAGAGAGGAUACUGUGAGGUUCAAAUUCAUACCAAUAAUGGGAUGCCUACAAUUGCUCGAAGAAAUUGGAAAGAGGUAUAAAUUAUCCAUUGGAACAUUUCAGCUCAAAUAUAUGGAUGAUGAAGAAGAAUGGGUAAUGUUAUCGAGUGAUGCUGAUUUACUCGAAUGUGUUGAAGUUUUGGAGUCCAUCGGGUCACGGAAUUUGAAGCUUCUAGUUCGAGAUGUGCAAUGUAAUUUUGGUAGUUCAGGGGGUAGCAAUUUCUUGCAAACAUAGAUACGUAAUGUUUGAAAGAUCAGAGAAUGUAACCGUAACUGUUUUAGUUUGCAAUGUUUUAAUUUUGUUGGGUUAAAUGUUCUUGUGGUCAUGUAUAAAAGAGGGAUGUGAUGAGCUAGAGGUGUGACAUUUUUCUUUGAAGGAAAUGAGUGUUGCAUCUUAAAGUCUAUAUGUGAAAAAUUGUAGGAUUAAUGGGAAAUUUGGUGUCAGUGUUGAAACUUGAAAUCUGAUGAGAAUGUAUAAAUGGUUGUUUCUUCUUCCUUUU